AUUUACUGGGCAGAAUCGCCUGGUAUAGUAUCUCAGUCUUGUCAUUGUCUUGUCACAGUCUUGUCGCAGGAUCAAUGGCAGCGCCGUGUACCAUUUUCCAAAACAAUCUUGAUUUGGGCGUGGGUAGUUUGCGACUUUUGGACAGACGCAUAACUAAAACGCGACAUUUUGCGGGAAAGUCAGCCUCGAGCGCAACGCCACAAUAUUGCAUCACUUCAUGUUGGCAAACAUCGCGGGUUUCCUCAUUCGGCUUCUGGGAACGACAGGUGCUCUCCUGCAGGAUAAGUACAUCUAGUCAGCUUGGUACUGCAUCAGUAGCAUCCAUUCGUGGUUCCCACAAUGUUUUCCUUGAGAUUCGUUGUUGCUGCCUUUGGGGCAGUCCCUUUCUCCCGGGUCUUCGGCGCAGCCCUUCCGCAGGGUAUCACCGCGGCACCAAUCUGCACUUCUACCUCAGCGUACUAUGGCAUCGCAACUACGGUUACCGACUAUGACGCCUUCCUCAGCUCUCUCGACGCUGUCUACAGCACCGGGACCAGGCCCUUCACUGACACGGAAAUCCCCGUCCAUACAUCGGUCUUCGACUUCCCCGGCUUAGGCACAAUCACCGCAUAUGGCUUCUACGAUGCCAGCGCUCUUCGUGCGGCCGGCUUCAGCAUCACGUCUGGAGUGACCACAAUCACGGGCCCUUGUCCGACUGCGACGCUGCCGCCGUCACCGACAGGCUCGUUGUGCUCGCCGCAUGGAGAUCAUUGGCAUUGCGAGCCUCUCCCAACGACGACAGGCGAUGAAGCUACCGACACGACGACCCUAACUACGACGUCUCCUGGACAAUGCACGCCCCACGACGACCAUUGGCAUUGCCCGCCUGGCGUUUCUGAGCCAACAACCCCGCCUCCUUCCCACAAUACACCUACUUCUACUACUUCAUUGCGUCCAACCGGCACGUGUGAGCCUCAUGAUGAUCAUUGGCACUGUCCACCGGGCGUCGAUGAGCCGACUACCCCUCCUCCGGGCGGCUCACCAAGCUCUUCGACAACACCACCCCCGCCAACGGGAACGUGUGAGCCUCACGACGAUCACUGGCAUUGUCCGCCUGGUGUCGAAGAGCCAACAACGGCCCCGCCAUCGCAUAAUACGCCCUCUUCAACAACAGCAUCCCCGACAACGGGAACAUGUGAGCCUCACGACGAUCACUGGCACUGUCCACCCGGAGUCGAAGAUCCAACGACGCCUCCACCCUCGCACAACACGCCAUCCUCAACGGCGCCUCCCCCAUCAGGUACAUGCGAACCGCAUGGAGAUCAUUGGCAUUGCCCGCCUGGCGUCGAGGAGCCCACAACUCCGCCGCCGGAUGGGAACACUCCCCCUUCAACGGCUCCCCCACCCAAUCCAUCGCAGACUUGCGAGCCACAUGGCGAUCAUUGGCAUUGCCCGCCGGGUGUAGAAGAGCCUACCACUCCACCGUCGGAAAACCCACCUGCUACUAUCGCUUCGUCCGCGGGAGAGUGUACUCCCCAUGGAGAUCAUUGGCAUUGCCCACCCGGUGUGGAAGAGCCAACUACACCGCCACCAGGAGGUUCGGAGCCCACGAGCGUCCCACCGUCGGGCGAGUGUGUUCCUCACGGCGAUCAUUGGCACUGCCCUGAAGGUGUUCCAGAGCCUACUACGCCGCCACCCGGCAAUACGCCUGAACCAACUGGUGCGCCAUCAGAAGAAUGCAUUCCCCACGGAGAUCACUGGCACUGCCCAGAAGGCGUCGCGGAACCGACUACCCCGCCGCCUAGCAGUCCCGAGCCAACAAUCCCUUCAUCAGGCGAAUGUACUCCACAUGGAGACCAUUGGCAUUGUCCAGUAGGGGUACCAGAGCCAACUACGCCACCACCGGAUGGCCCUGAGCCCACAGGUUCUCCAGGCGAAUGUGUUGCCCAUGAUGACCAUUGGCACUGUCCGGAGGGCGUGGCGGAGCCUACAACACCCCCACCGGGGGCAGACAGUCCAACGUCUACUGCAGGCGAAUUGGAUGAGUGCGUUGCCCACGGCGACCACUGGCAUUGCCCCGAGGACGUGGCCGAACCCACCACUCCGCCUCCACAGAGCGCAGAAGCUACACCAACAGCAAGCCCUAAUGGCGAGUGCGUCCCGCACGGCGACCAUUGGCAUUGUCCGGAAGGCGUCGCCGAACCCACUACACCACCGCCAGUGGCCGCUAGCGCGACAAGUCCCACAACGGUGGCCUUAGGAGAAUGCGAACCUCAUGGGGAUCAUUGGCACUGCCCUGAAGGCGUUGCCGAACCCACCACACCACCUCCUGGAAAUUCGCCAACUGCAACAGCAUCCGCGUCCGUUGUGCUUUUCGAAGGGAGUGCUUCAGACUUUGGUGCUUCACUUGGUUGGGGAAGCUAUGCGUCUGCGCUGCUUGGGCUUGUGGUUGUUGCUGGUAUGCUGUAGAUGCACUCUUUUGAAGAGCCAUCUGAAUGUAGAAAAUUUCGGGCGAGGUAGUGCUGGAUUUAGGUAAUGCUUAUACGAUGGAAUCGGGUCUUAAUGAGAUCAUUUGCUCUGGAAACCUUCUACUGCUUUAAGGGACUGCGACGUACUUCUGAUACUGACCAUAAGCAAGAUCACGCUAGUGUUUUUAGGCGACUCAGAUGAACGAAGACCGCAACGCAUCUCCUUUGCUAGCUUGUAUCCCGUCUGGCAGAAAGCGAGAUGGGGACUCAGAGAAAGCGCUAUGCAUCGAGCGAGGAGAGAUGCUUCUCGUAUUGAAAGCGAGAUCCUCCAAGCACCGGCCAUCAAGGUGCUCAAGUGUCCUCCCGACCUUUAGCUCGCAACCUGCUCCCCAAUCUAACUCCUGUUCACGUGACUAUUCAACGUCUAUAUAUAGCCUCUGCCUCUAUAGCUU